UAUAAAACUUAUCCCAACAAUUGCUUACUUCUCAUCACAAAAAUACAAAACACAUUUCAAAUAAAAAAACUACACUGUUUUCAAAUUUAAAAGGAACAGCAAACAAAUAUUAAUCGAUCAACAAUGUCGAAGAACCCGGUUAUAACCGUUAUUGUGGCUUUACUCGCAGUGCUAGCUUUUCCGGUUCGCAGCCAGCAACUGCCGCUUAGCCAAUGUACUCCGUCUAUGAUGACCACUGUUGGUCCUUGUAUGAGUUUCUUAACCAACAGCACCAGCAACGGAACUUCACCGUCGUCUGAUUGUUGUAACUCGCUUAGGUCUUUGACCACCGGAGGAGUGGGAUGUCUCUGUCUUAUUGUCACCGGAAGUGUUCCUUUUAAUAUUCCUAUUAACCGUACAACCGCCGUCUCUCUUCCCCGUGCUUGUAACAUGCCUAGUGUCCCUCUUCAAUGCAAAGCCAAUAUUGCUCCAGCUGCUGCUCCUGGACCUGCUGGUACAUCUGGGCCGGCCAUGUCUCCAGGCCCAGCAACAACUCCAAUUGUUCCAGAGCCGACUCCAGCAGCUCAGACACCACAGUCUGAUACUACCCUACCUUUAACACCAACCGUGGACGGUGCUACUCCUAGAGAUGACGAUGGAGGAAGCACCAGUGGACCUUCUUCUCUCACUCCUUCAUCCGCCUACGCCCUCUCACCAUCGCUUCUUUUCUUUGGCAUCAGCCUCCUACUUCUCAAAUUAUACUGAUUUCUUUGUUCAUUUGCUUUCUAUGUGAUUUGAUUAAUGCGUUGUAGAUUAAUAAGUUUGUAUUGUGGUAUUGUCAUUGUUUUCAGUGAGACGGACUUUGUAAUAUUUGAAGUAAUAUUUCGUUUGCUUGAUGAUUAGUGUUGAUUCUCAAAUUAAAUAAAAAUGGUCAAAACACACAAUCUCCCAACAAAAGCAGAAUCAACGGAACAACUGGAACCAAACAGAAACUUAACUCAGACAG